AUGGCUAGCAACACUAUGGCAGCCUUCCAAGUUCCAGUGCUCGACAACAACAACUUCGAUAAUUGGAGUAUCAAAAUGAAGGCCCUUUUGGGUGCACACGAUGUCUGGGAAGUCGUGGAGAAAGGCUACACUGAGCCAGAAGAUGAAGCUACUCUGUCUCAACCCCAGAAGGAGAGUUUGAAAGAUUCAAGAAAGAGAGAGAAGAAGGCUCUUUAUCUCAUCUACCAAGCAUUAGAUGACAAUGGCUUUGAGAAGGUCUCGAGUGCAACCUCUGCCAAGCAAGCAUGGGAGAAGCUUCAAACCUCUUACAAAGGAGCCGAACAAGUGAAAAAGGUUCGUCUUCAAGUAUUAAGAGGUGAGUUCAAAUCUCUACAAAUGAAAGGGUCUGAAUCAAUCUCUGAUUAUUUCUCAAGAGUCUUAGCUGUUUCCAAUCAAUUAAAAAGAAACGGAGAAAAGUUAGAAGAUGUUAGAAUUAUGGAGAAGAUACUACGCUCGUUGGACCCCAAGUUCGAGCACAUUGUCGUGACGAUUGAAGAAACUAAAAACUUGGAAGAAAUUAGUAUAGAGCAAUUAAUGGGUUCGCUACAAGCAUAUGAAGAGAAACAUAAGAAGAGGCAAGAGAAUGAUGAGUAG